CACAAAACCAACAAAAAAACAUCAGGAAAACAUGUCAUUAAUGGAGAGAAGAGAGGAACAUUACUCAAACUACUUUGUCCAAAGCUCUUCAUCCCUUUUCCACGACGCAGAAUCCGAAUUCCAGUCCCCAUAUCAAUCUGACUCAGUGCGAUUGGUCUUAGUCCGCAUCAAUGAAUCCCCGAGGUACUCAGAUUUCUUGAAAUACUUUGAGGAUGAUAAUGAGAAGAGGUUGAUGCCAUUGCGGAGCCUCAAUUCGGGUUGGUGGAUCGUUCUACAAAUAUUGUGGAGGUUUUUGUUUAGCUCUGGAGUGGCAUUGCUCGUCUUUUACAUUGCUACUCAGCCUACUCGUCCAGACGACAUAUCUAUUCGAAUUGGAAGGUUUAAUCAGUUUUUAUUAGAAGAAGGUGUGGAUUCACGUGGAGUGUCGACUGUCUUCCUCACUUGCAAUUGCUCUACUAAGCUCAUAGUGGAUAACAAGUCUUAUGUGUUUGGCCUUCACAUUCAUCCUCCAUCUAUCAAAUUAUUUUUUGGCCCCCUCAACUUUUCAAAGGCACAAGGAACUAAACUAUAUGCAUCAAGCCAUGAGUCAACAACAUUUCGGCUAUAAAUAGGAACAAAGAACCAGACGAUGUACGGGGCAGGAAGACAGAUGGAGGAUAUGCUUCAAUCUAGAGCUGGAUUGCCUCUAAUACUACGAAUGAACCUAAUCUCCGACUUUCGAGUUGUCUGGAGUAUUAUAAACCCUAUGUACCAUCACAAUGUCGAGUGUUUAUUGUUUCUUUCUUACAACAAGAAACACAAACAAACUACAGUAGUAAAAGAAAAAUGUAGGUUGGUAUCUUAACUAAUCAGAGAUUCUUCUCCCUGGAAGCAUAUGAAAGUAUUUGAA